AUGGCAAACACCAAGCGAUGUGGCAAGACACCCGCGGCCGAUCCCGAGGCGCAUGUGCACCCGAAACCGCAGGCCGAGUCGAGCCGCGGAAGCAAAAGGACUCGUGAGGGGAGAAAUGCUUCACACAGAAACAAAAGCGUCUCUGCUCUCGCGUCCCCCUCCACUUCGUCUCUUCCCGCCUCUUCAAUGUCUUCACCUUCUUCAUCGCCUGCUACUUUGUCUUCGGCCUUAGCGUCUUGGUCAUCCUCGCGGUCUCCCGCCACUGCGCCUGCGUCGUCUUGCGGGCCGCGUCGUUCACCUCGCCUAGCAAGAGGCGGUGUUUCUCCCUCCUCUAGCCUCCCUGCACGUACUUGGGCCGCCGCUUCCGUCUCUCAUUCUCCGCAGGCUUCUCUCUCUGCCUUACAGGCGAAGGCUGUCGACUGUCCUGUGGCGUCUCAGGCAGGUCCCCUUGCCAGUCAGGGCAUCAGGCGUGCAAGCGAAGACGCAGCAGAGAGGGAAGAAGAGAAGAAGGGGGCUGCCAAAGAAGAGGGAAGAGGAGACAAAGAGGGGGAGGAGAAUGGACAAGGAGAGAAGCGUUGCGAACGAGCAGAGCGCGGGCAGCAGGCGGGAAAGCGACUGCGUCUCCGCACUUCUGUUUCUUCUCCAGAAAACGCUGCGUCAAUCGCGUCACUUGGGAACCCCGGGCGUCAGCCGGGGUCGUCUGGAUGUGCAGAGACAGCGGAGCCAGAAAAGACGGAGACGCGGAAAGGCAAGGAUACCGAGGACGGCGGCUCGGGCAGAACGGUGACAAGCCGAGGCGGAAGACGCCGCAACCGCCCUCGAGUGCUCUGCGGCCAGGCGGAAGAGGAACCCGAGGCGGGAGCAGCGAAAGGAACAGACGGAGAGGAGGGCGAGGGAGACGCAGAGAAACAGACAGUAAAGGAAGAGGCAGCCGUCGAGCAAGGCGCCGACGAGCACCCAGACAGAGAGAAGGACAUAGGGAGAGAGGAAAAGACGGGAGAAGACGCGACAGAAAAAGACUGUGCAAAACCAGAUGCCUCGAGGGGGCCAGAGAAAAACAAAACGUAUCCAGCAAGCAAAUUACUGGCUGCCGCUAAAAAAUUCGUUCGUCCUUUUGGACAUACUUCCCAUUUGAAGACAGAGACGGAAGGAACUGCCGCAUCCGGUGUUCCUCUCUCGUCGUUGGUGCCAUCCUAUACUUCGUCUUCUGGGCCAGAGCCUUCUCUCGCUGCUGCUUCUCUCUCGUCUUCUCUCUCUACUUCUCUCUCUACUUUUUCUCCCACUUCUCUCUCUACUUCCUCUCUCUCUAGUUCGUCUCUCGCCACCUCUCUCUCUUCUUCUCCCUCUUCUUCUUCUCCUCCCUCUUCUUCUCCCUCUUCUUCUGUCUUGACUUUUUCUCCCUCCAGUGCCUCUGCUUCGACUCCUUUUCUCUCGAAUUCCUCGCGUUCUUCCUCUUCUCCCUGCACUUCCUCUCUCUCUUCGUCCCUUCUCGCGUCUUCUGCCGCGUCGUCUUUUUCUCUUGCUGGUUCUCUCUGCCCACAUGCAGGUGCGUCUGCGCGAAGGGACCAGGAACUAGCCGCGACUUUCUCUGCUUCGGCGCCCUCGACUCUGCAGCGGCCUGCCUGUUCGCUGCUGCGGAACCUGCCGAGUCUGCAAAAGCGUCUGCUUGCGACAAAACAGCAGCUUCUCGAGAAGCUUCAAGCGAAAACCAAGUCAACUCCGGCACUCCCGUCCUCUCCUUCUAGUUCGUCUGCACGAGGAGUCUCUGCGUCUCCGCCGGAGGCGUCUUCUGUCGCAGGUUCUUCUGUGGAGCGCAGCUCCACGUCGCCCCUCUCGCGCUCGUCUGCUGCCGACCCGCCUCGCUGUCCAGCGGGUCAUCGCCGCGGGAUGUCUUCGGGUCCCGGCGCCUCUCCACCAAAGACCCAGGCGCCCCCGGAAAAGAGGGAGAAAAAGGGUGCAGGCCAGGAGGGCAUCUGCAAAAGGGAAAACGUCGUUGUGAUUGCCAUCGACGACGCAGAGAGCGACGAGGAGGACCGGACCAGCAGGACCAUACAGACAGUGGCACAUGCCGACCUGGUGCAGUCUUCCUCGAGUUCGUGCUCCCGCGCAGUGACCAUCUCAGAGAAGAGGCCUGCGGAUCAGUGUGUAUCGUUCUCUGCGUCUUCCGCUUGGGCACCUGAAAGAAAGGAAGAACCUCCGUCGUUUUCUCCUUCCGGAACUGACGCGUCGUCUCCGCGUUCGUUUUCCGAGUCUUCGCCCCACCGUACUUCCCCGCGUCUUUCCUCCGCGCGGAGCCGUCCCCGCGCUUCCCAGCUUCCACAUGCUUCCCGACAGCUCCCCUGUGUGGUGUCCGUGUCUUCUGCCUCGUCGCCUCUCAACUCUCCAGUUUCCUGUCCCUCCUCGCCCCUCGCUGAUUUCUCUGCUGGCUCUUCUCCCGCGCCGUCGCCGCUGUCGUGCGUCUGUCUUGAGCGAGAACCUCGAAUUCGGUUCAGUCUGAAGAAGCUGCCUGCCGCAAGUCCACACGUUGUGUCGGCGGAGUACCAUCGUCGGCGGGAGGCUCUGCAGCGCGAAGCCGAGGAAGGGGAAAUCAUCGAGUUGUCUCCUCCGUGUCGGAAGAUUUCUUCCGCGCCCUGCUUGUUGCCGAGUUCCCGCCCCCCACACGGGGCCAGCGCCGCGGGCCGAGCGGCGUCACGGAGACACCAGACAGAAGACGUGGCGAGCUGGAGAGAGUGCGAAGAAAGGGAGAAAGAAAGAGCCGCCGGAAGAGACGGAGAGGGCCGGGCAGCGCAGAGCAGCCGGAGAUCGGGGGAGAAAGAGCCGCAGAUGCAUGCGACGCGGGAGCGAACGCGAACUGGAGGGCGACUUGGCCCAUACUUUUCGGGGGCCGAUAAGAGCCACUCUCCGCAUUUCCUUCUUCCUCCGCAGGUUCUUCAGGGCCGGAGCAGGGAUGCGCAAGACAGCGACACCGUGAGGGAGGCACGUGGGUCGAGAAGAUUUCACUACGAGGCUCCUGCGUCUGCUGCCGUGCCUCCGUCGUGUGCGUCCUUCCACUUGCCACAAACCGUCCACGUCUCUUUAGACGGGUCUUCUCAGGUCGUCUUCCCUCCGCUUUUUCAGCCUCAGCAGCAGAUCCUCCAAAGCCACGCUCCCCCACCCGGUCUUCCUUCCCCAGGCGCGUCCACCUUGUCUUCUUCCCCUGCGUUGUUUGGCUCUCCCUUCUCGUCGGCCUGGCGCCACACCGUUGCCGGCCGUGCCUCUCCUCUUUCUCCUCGAUCUCUCUCUUGUGUGCCGGUCUCCGGGCGGGAUUCUGCUGCGCCCAUGGGGGACCCGUUGAGGAGAGAAGAUCGAGGCGAGAGCGAUGCGCCAAGCGCGAAAAAGACUCCGGACCUCCAAAACGGCGAGCCGAGUGGAGAAGGACAAGCUGAAACACGAGGCGGGGGAGAAAGGUUACCGCGUUCCGCGGUGACUAAGCUUCAUCGCGGAGACUGUAGAGCACCGCACGGCAGGCCUGUCUGUGAGGCAGAGAGGACCAGAAGCGGCUGCAGCGAGGUCUCUUGCAUGCCCCGGGGAGUCAGGAGCGUGCCGACAAAGACAGGAGAAAAAGGAGAAGUGUGUCCUUACCGUGCAGUCUCUGAGGACAGAGGGCCGAACUUGAGUAGGGUUCUGACUUCUCUCUAUGCGACUUUUGCGGCCGAGGCGACAGGAUCGGGCGUCGACCUCUCUGUCCUUUUUCUCGCCUUCGAUGAGGCCUUCAUCAGGCCCCACCGUCGGGCGAGAAGGCAGAACGCACUCGCUUCUUCAGGCACGUCUUCUCUCUCUACUUGUUCUGUCUCUUCCGACGCAUCGAGUCUGUCUCCAGCGCGUCGAUCGCUGCCUCUCUCUGGCUCUGAGAAGGGUAGCCAUCGCGGGAGGCGAGCAGCCCGGAGGCGGGCUAGGACACUGGCGCGAAGGAGAGAGCGGAAGAGAGAAGGACGGGAGUCCAGAGACAUGCCCGCACGCGAGGGAAAGCGUCACCGCACAUCAUGCUCUCCAGAACUUGAGGUGGAAAUGCGUUGUGCUUCCCCAAGAGGGAGAAAGAGGGAUUCGGCGAGUGUGCAGCGGCGCGAAGACAGGGGCAAAGAAAGGAGAAAAAGACCAAGAGAACAGAGAAUGCGAGGCUGGAGCGACACAUCAACUUCGGAGGGGCGCGACGAGCGGGACGGCGUGGUGCAUGUGGAGCGAGGAAGACCAGCGAGUGCAGCUGGCGGAGGAGAGAGUCUGAAACGUGAGAGAGAGGCGCAGCGCAGAGUCUCGAGAAGCCCCGGCACCAAAAUCGAGGAACACGAGUCAAGUGGUGAGACUGGUCCGUCGCCGCGACUCACACAAGGCGAGAGAACCAACGGAAGAGACCAAGAGGCAGGCGACCAGCCACGCGUCGGCACUCGAGAGAAGGGGAGACACGCAGCGAGAGAAGAGAGCAAGACAAAGCGCGACAAAGGCGAGGGGACGAACAGAGGCAAAGGGCGGUUCGUGGGAGAAGACGCAGGAGACAGAGACGCGGGACAGGAAGAAGGAGAGACAGAGGGAGCACAGGAGACAGCGGCGGGAGCAGCAGAGCCGGCCUGUGGAGAGAACGUGAGGGAAGGGAUGAACGAAAAUGAAGCAGAGAGACGCGAAAAAACAGAGACGGGAGACGAAUCGCGAGAAAACGAAGCAGCAUUACACUGUCACUUUGGAGGAGAUGCGUACCUUCUCGGCUUCCAGAUGGAAACCACGACCCGCAAAGGCGGGAUGAGUUUCAUAGAUAAGUUGCGAGCUCUGAAGCGUUUCAGAGGCAAGGCCAUGCUGGGGAAAUAG